AUGAGAGUAAUUUCACAGCUUAGGGGUCAAUCACAAAUGGUGAAAGAACUCAAUUGCUGGGCAAAAUAUUCAUGGUACCAUGUGGGAUUCGGUCAUGUACUCCUGCUUGGCUCGGCCGGAAGUGGAAAGACUUCUGUCGCAGCAUUACUCGCUCAGGAUCUCGCCAAAGCCCACUGCUGCCUUGUUACACGCGUUGACUGCAGCUCCUGGAAAGGAAAGUCAGCAGAAACCAUUGAGAAAAGUCUUGUUGCUGAAAUAAAAUCGCUGUCAAAGCGAACGCCAAGUUUACUGAUACUCGACGAUUUUGAAUUCUUGAGCCAGUCCAACGGAGAGGACCAAAGAAAUUUGGGCACUGAGCGAAUUCUU